CAAAUCUGGAGGCGAUCUGACAGUUUCUCUCUCCCUGGGCGGCCGUCUCUCGCACAGCAAGAGCACAGGGCCGAGCGGCAGGAGGCCAGACUGCACGACAAGGCUGUCCGAGCCGCUCUCCAUGGUAACAUUGGCAAAGCCGUCGCUCUAGAGGUACGCUUCUCUUUUCCCCUUCAGCUCCAUUUUCCUUUCUUUUGUUUAUCUCCCCUCGCCCCAUUGUGCACUUUCAUUGAUAGGUUUCUGAAGCCAUAUUAUUUGCUCAAUGUGUGCAGUGACACAGUCCACAGGUAGAUAUGGAUUGGCCUGAAUCGAGCGUCUGUUAUAGGCAAGACUGAGUCUUGUAUAUUAUACCAAGUGUGGACAUGUUUGGCUUUGAUUAGAGGGAGUUUAUCCGUGAUCGCAAGAAGUUACCGCACAUUUUCCUUCUACUAUAGUAUCAUGUGCUCCUCUUCGUCCUCCAGGUAAGAGCUGAUGCCAAGCACCACCAGGCAGUGCACGCUGGUGUCCGUGCCGACAUGGCCCACCAUCACCAUCAUCCUCAUCAUCACCAUCUUCCCCAUCAUCACCAUCUUCCUCAUCAUCACCAUGCCCCUCCAGCGGUGGUGGUAGUGCACCAACCUCCACCCCCUUCGUCCUCUGUCCCUACCUAUCCUCCCCCAACUGUACAUCCACCACCUCCGGCUAAUGCUCCUGGAGGCUAUCCAUCCGCCCCACCGUACCCCAGUGCUCCAGGAGGUGUGUACCCAACACCCGCUCCCUACCCUGCGCCUGGUCCCGUUGCCCCUGGUUACCCUCCCUACACUGCUGUUGCCCCUGGUUACCCUCCUCCCCAACAGCAGGCAUACCCUCCGCCUUAUCCUGGUGGUCCAGCCUACCCUCCAGCUUACUAGCUGUCACUGUGGAAGAGCGGGGGAUUGAGAACACGAACUGUCAUUUCUUAGUUUGUAGAUAAACAAAUUUUAAUGUGUUGAGUUACAAGAAAAAAACGCAAAAAGAACAGCGGUUUUAUAAAGUGCAGUGUGCAGAAGGAAAAAGAAGCAAAUUACAUCAUCAUUACAUCACUCCCCGAGUGAGCUAGAACCCUCCCCUCAAGCUACGUCCUCUC